AUGCAUCUGGCGGCACGGCUGCAGUCGGACGGAAUGAAGCUAUGCUGGGACUCGCUGAUGGAGCUCCGGUCCUGCAUCGGAGAGGUGGUGCUCUUCUUCCUCAACGGUGAGACGUACCUUGGGCCGGGCUGCUGCAGGGCGAUCCGGGUCAUCGAGCACCACUGCUGGGCCGCCGAGGUCAUGCUUGCGGCCCUCGGAUUCACUCCGCAAGAGGGUGAUGUCCUGCGAGGAUACUGCGACGCCGAGGCCGGCGCUGCCUCUCCUCCGCCGCCGCCUCCGAUCGCCCAGGGGCCCAAGGUGGAGUCUUCUGAGCCGUAG